UUCACAACUUUAUUUUCAACGAUUUUUGCCUCAGAAGUCCAUUCUUCUUCCUCCUCACUUGAGGAAAAGGAAACUUCCGCACGUCUUAUCUUUUGCGCGUUUUGUGUUGAACCCCUCCACCCCCCCCUUCCCUGAUGGUCUUUCUUGGGACGAAAUCGGGCUUUCGUGUUUACCUGGAAGCCGCAGGGGCAGGGGUGGAUACACCCCGGACCUUGCCUCUCAGCUGCCCCCUCCCUGCUACAGGUCUGCCGCUCUAAAUGCCCUAAACUCUGCGAGCUGACGAAGUCGAGCACAGGAAGACUCUGAGGACUCUUUUGAUCGGAGCUCUGAAGAAAAGAAGCGAACCACAGGUGUGUCGGAUGAAAGGACAGGUAAAGCUGCUGCAGCGGCAGGGUGAUGCAGACGGAAUGUACUAACCUCUUGUUACACCUUGCAUCCACCCUGCAGCAAAAGAACAAUAGGAAACAUUUUUGUGCUGAACAAGAGGUGUGAUCACCAGGUCACCUGUGUUUCUGACUGUCCACGGGAAGACUUUUAAAGGCGAUAGUUGCGCUUGCAUCUCAUAACCUGGAGUGAUAAGCCUAAAUGAUGGAGUGGCGUGAGCAGUCCUCCGUCAGCAGCGAGGAAGGAUACUCGGAGGCGCAAAGAUGGAUCGAGGCAGCAACCAAGAAAAAAUUUGGGAACGGCGACUUCCGAUCAGCCCUGGAGAAUGGAGUUCUGCUGUGUGAUCUGAUAAACAAGAUCAAGCCUGGCACCAUCAAAAGGGUCAACAGGCUCCCUACACCUAUUGCUGGACUGGACAACCUUAACGUCUUCCUCAAGGCCUGUGGGAAGCUUGGACUAAAGGAGGCACAGCUCUUUCACCCCGGGGAUCUGCAAGACUUGUCCACCAGAGUGACAGUAAAGCAUCAAGAGACAAACAGGAGGCUGAAAAAUGUUUUAAUCACCAUUUACUGGCUGGGUAGAAGAGCUCAGAGUGAUCCUUUCUAUGAUGGACCUUACCUAAAUUUCAAGGCCUUCGAGGGAUUAUUGGGCACCGCACUAUACAAGGCUCUGCAGGAAUCAAACAGCCAGAAGGGCUCCAGCGUUCGAGACAGCGGUUUUGGAGACAGUUGGUACUCUGAGCGAGAGGAGAUCUAUUCCCUGAGAGGAGGUGGAGGCGGAAGAGGCGGACACAGGAGGGACGACUCGUUGGACAGUUUGGACUCGCUGGGCUCGAGACCCCACAGCAUCUCAUCCGACGCCACUCUCAAAGGCAGCAGCGAGGGUUGUUGCAGCGACACCGAGGCAGACUCCAUCUUCAGGAUGGCUGACAACAAGAACAGCCUCAGCUACCGCAGGUCACUAGUCAUCACGCCUAAAGCCAGCGCCCAGUUUAACCAGUUCCUGCCCACUAAGGACAAGCAGUCGGGCUACGUGCCGGCUCCGCUGAGGAAGAAACGGGCUGAGCGAAACGAGGACAGCCGGCGUAGCUGGGCCAGCUCCAGCUACGAAGAAGAUGAAGCCACGCUCACCAGACAGCAGCAAACGCAGGAAAGUUCUGAUGGGAGCAAAUCAACAAGCGACAUCCAGGUGGACCCGUCAAUCAUCCGGCAGAAUCGCUUGGAGGAGCUUCAGAAGUACCGAGAACAGAUUAAAGAGAGCGAGGAUAAGUGGCAGGAUGACUUGAGCAAAUGGAAAAACCGGCGCCGGAGCGUGAACUCUGACAUAGUGAAGAAGAAGGAGGAGCGGGAAAAGAUAGAGCAGAUCACGUAUGGCAGAGACGGCAGGUCCAAGUCCUUCAAGGAGAUCCAAGACGAGAGAGAAACUAAAAAAAAGCACAGCAUCGGCAGCCGCCUGUCGUCUCUCUCCUACUUGGAUGACGACGACGACAACUUAUUUGAGAAACCCGUGAUUCGCGCGCCGACCCGAUCGCUCCCACCCAGAAGCUACACCAUCGAUGCUCCCUCGUAUUCCCCAGAACCCUCCAAGCCCUCUCCGAAAGCCGAGGACCCCCCGGUUGCUUCCCCACGCACUCGCAGACAGCCUUCGCCUCCCACUCCGCAGGAAACCGUGGAUGGUCCUGCAGCCAGAAACUCCAUCACCACCACCACCACCACCACCACCACCAGCAACCAGUCUCCAGCAGCUGCAUCCUAUCAGAAGAGUCCAGCGGAGGAACGCGAGGCCAUAAAAUACACAGAGAAGACUACGAGGGACGUAGCCCCCCGCUCCUCCUUCGCCUCCACCCAGAAGGAGCUCGAGCCAAGGUCCUCAUUGUUGGGAGCGCCGACUGGGGUGGAGGCCCCCUCCUCCAGCUCUCCGGACAGACAACCACAGUCGAGCUCGAUGGAACCCAAGCCUCCCGCCGUGUCUCGGGUUUCCGCCUCCCUCCCCAGGAGCUACCAGAGAUCGGAUAGCGCGCGGCUAACCUCGGUCGUCACUCCGAGGCCCUUUGGGACCCAGCCGUCCCGCAUCUCCUCUCUUUCUAGAGCCCACACGACGGACGAAUCCCACAAGGGUGUCAACGGCAACGUCGAUGUUUCUAAGAAGGCAUCUGUGCCGAGCCGGUAUCAUCAGUACAUGACCUCAGAGGACGAGGCUCAGUCCAGUUCUGCACACAGCAGCGAUGACGAGGAAGAGGAAGAGGAAGAGGAAGAGGAGAGCGCCGCAGCGAAGGGCCUGUCCUCGACUCAGAGCAUCAGGUCUCUCCCGUCUCCUGUCAAGAGUGACGUCUCAGUCAGUCCUGCUCCUGGCAAAGAAACCAGCAAGGAGGAUUUCUGUGAGAUGCGAAUCAGCCUGAACCAGAAACCCAACAGCAGCCGAGACUUUGGCUUCCAGGCUGCCUGGGACUCGACGGGAGCUCGGGUCACGUCCAUCCAGCCAGGUAGCUCGGCCGAGAUGUGCCAGCUGCAGGACGGGGACGAAGUGCUGACGGUGAACGGGCUCCAGGUGGCACAAAUGAGUUACGAGCAGUGGAAGUCCAGCUUGGAGGAGGCCCUGCAGAAGGGCAGCCUGGUCAUGGAUGUGCGCCGUCACGGCCAGCACAACUGGGACAGAGAUCAACCUUCCCUGCCAUUUAAAAGCCAUAAGACCAUCAAUCUGACCAGUACGGAUCAUCCGAUACUUCUAGGUCCUCCUGAGACAAAGACCGCCAACUCCAGCCUGGAUUUCACUUCCCGUACCGUCACAGAAUCGGUGCUGGCUAAAGAGGCCCCCACUCUAGUGGAUGUGGCUUCAAACAGAGUUAAUGGGGACUUCCAAGACCAACCAGUGACCAUGAGGAACAAAGAGUCAGAACCAAUAUCUUUGAAAAACUUAAAACGGAGAUCAGAGUUUUUUGAACAAGGAGGAUCGGAGUCUGCGAUGCCAGAUAUUCCUGUUCCUGCAAUCACUCCAGCUUCCUCCAGCCGCUGGUCGUGGAACCCAGAAGAAGAGCGCAAGAGACAAGAGAAAUGGCAGAAGGAACAAGAGCUCCUCCUACAGGAAAAAUACAAGCGUGAUCAGGAGAAGCUGCAGGAGGAGUGGCUCAAGGCCCAGCAUGAGAUUGUCACAAGCGUGGGCCACCAGCAGGUGAACAGCCACGGCGCCGGCCCACACUCGCCCCCGUCCUCUCUGCAACAGCCCACUCUGUGGGAAGAGGAGGAGAGGCAGAGGAAGAUGGAGCAGGAGCGCCAGCGGCAGGCGGAGGAGAAGAGGAGGAGGGAGGAGGAGGAGCGGGACCUGCAGCGACUCCAGGAGGAGAGGAAGAGGAGAGAGAUGCAGGCGGAGGAGGAGAGGAAGAGGAGAGCGAUGCAGGCGGAGGAGGAGAGGAAGAGGAGAGCGAUGCAGGAGGAGGAGGAGAGGAAAAAGAGGGAGGUGGAGUUGAGAAUGCAAAGGAUGAGAGAGGAGGAGCUGAGAAAGAGGGAGGAGGAGCAAAGGAGGAGAGAGGAGGAGCGGAGGCAGCAGGAGGCGGUGGAGCAGCAGCGCCAGCAGAAAGUCUUCGACCAGCAGAGAUGGGCCGCUGUCUCCCACGACUUUGACAGUGCUCAGCCUCCGCUGUCCUUUAUUGACAGGACAAAAUCCCAGUCGUCUCCCCAGCUGGAUGAUGACAACAAGCCUCAGAGGAGAGGUUUGCUACGGCAGCCAGAGGACUUGUCUCUCAGGCUGCUGGAAGAGGAGUUGAGGAUUGCACGUAGAAAGCGCCAAAGCCAGAAGGCUGCAUCAGAGCUGGAAUGGAGAAACUACCUCAGAUACGCAGAGGCAGAGAGAGCGAUGGGAAGCUCAACUCCUGACGGGAAGAGUCAGCAGCCGCUGUCUCAGGCCGAGCUGGAGCGCCAGCAGAUCCUGAAUGAGAUGAAGAAGAAGACGCCGCUGCUGACGGACAGCAGCUGGAUCCGCCAGCGCGCCGCUGGAACGGCAGUCAGCAGGGACGGCGACGUGCCGCCUAUGCGCAGAGGGGAAUCUCUUGACAACUUGGACUCCUCCUACGACUCUCGGCGUUCAUCCUGGACUCCCAGAAGCAGCUCUUUUGCCUCAAACUACUCUCGGCCGUAUUCCGCCUACUCUGGCAGCUCUUCUUUUUACACCGGCGCGUCAGGGCCCCGCCGGCCAGGCUCCUCCACCCUGCCCCCCUCCUUCUCUACGGGCUCCCUCCGUGGUGGGGCAGGAACCUACCCGGCCCCUUGGUCUCGUACGUCCCCCUCCCCUUCCACUCCGUCACCAAUCACCUCUCCGGAGCCCGCACCUGACGCCUAUCAGCAGCGGAACAGGUCAGUGAGUGGCAGGAAAACCUGCACGUUCUGUGACACCCCGCUGGGAAAGGGAGCAGCCAUGAUCAUCGAGUCCCUGGGGCUCUGUUAUCAUUUGAGCUGUUUCAAGUGCAUCGACUGCAAGUCCGACCUCGGAGGCUCGGAGGCCGGGGCCGAAGUCAGAAUACGAAACAAGCAACUCUUCUGUAACACCUGCUACAUGCGAGUCAAAACUGGCCACCCAACAUCCAUGUGAUGCAGGCGUGCUGCAGCAGAUCGACGAGGAGACUACAUGUGACAACAACCCAUGAACUUUAAAGUGAAAGCCGUUGCAAUAAUAAGCCGAACCUCUGGUGUCUUUAAUUGUACUGAUGAGAUAAAGAUUUCAAAAGAAGUUGUCUGCUUUUAUCUUGAUCUCGUAUGAUGCAUUAUAACUGUACAAAUGUUCUACUUUCCCUCUAUAUAUUAUAUUAUUAUUAUUUUUUUUUUUAUGUUUUAGCCAUAAAUCUGUCUCUGCGAGAUUCCAGGAGAGUUUGCUUUUCCGACUCCAUUUAGACAGAUUUUGCAAACGUGGUGAGAGAAACCUGCAGGAUCAUGCUUCUUUUCUAUGCGUGUCUGGUGGUAUUAAUUUGUCCAUUAGGGGGAGCGGGGGGAGGUAUGCUUUCCAUGCGUAUGUGGCUUUGUAUUUGUAAGAGACAAAGGAAAUAAAAUUAUUAGGAUUCUCUGAUGCAUCGCGUUUGAAAAUGACGGCCUGCUUUGACCGCACUUUUUAUGCUAAGACUUCACGUCAUUCUGUACUGAAUUAAGGCAAAGAAUAACUCUGUAAAUAAAUGACUAAAUCCUCA